UCUCUUAGCUCUCGCGAGGUUUCGUCCUCCCGGAAGCACUGGAGGACCUUCCAGUUAACGGCGUUGCGAUGUGUGGGGACUGUGUGGAGAAGGAGUAUCCCAACCGGGGUACCAUCUGUCUGGAGAAUGGAUCUUUUUUGCUGAACUUUACAGGCUGUGCAGUAUGCAAUAAGCGGGAUUUUAUGCUGAUCACAAACAAAUCUUUGAAAGAGGAAGAUGGAGAAGAAAUAGUUACCUAUGAUCAUCUGUGUAAGAAUUGUCAUCACGUAGUAGCCAGGCAUGAGUAUACAUUCAGUAUCAUGGAUGAAUUUCAGGAGUAUACCAUGCUGUGUCUGUUAUGUGGCAAAGCCGAAGAUACUAUCAGUAUUCUCCCUGAUGACCCCCGACAAAUGACUCUGUUAUUCUAAGGAUCUUUCUGCAGUUCUGUUGUAACUAUGUUGUGUUGGCUUACAUUACAGCAAGCCUGAUGAUUUGUCUUACUUAGUUUAUAGUGGAAAUUAUUUGCAUUUUUUUUUUUCCUGCUUAGACUUACUUAUUCUUUGAAAGAAAAAGUAAUUUAGGGGAUUGCUGUUCUCUAGAGCUGAGCUCUUCUGCUCAAGUUCCCAGUUCACAUCAGUGCAGCCAGAAUGAAGUGUCUUUGUUAGCAGUUAUGUGGCUAAAAAAUAACUAAAAUGGGAGCACACCUAGUGGCUAGAUCUCACUUCCAAUAAAAGGAACCAGGGCUUGCUGGAGAGUCAACUGAUUCUAGGACUAGGGCAGUAAAUAAACAAGAUAAGCUUGGAGCAUAUUGCACCACAAAAAAAGGAGGUGCUCAAAAGGAAAAUCACAAUGAUUGGGAGUACAUCAAAGGGACAGAAGAGCCAAGUAAAGGAGCUCCCAGUGACCAAAGCUGGAACAAUUUGAACAACCAAAUAAAGUAGCAUUGGAUUAUAACCCAAACUAUAAAAUGUAUAUCCAUGAGUCCAUACUGAUAUAAAUAAAUGAUUGAAUAAGUAAAUAUAUAAAUUGGAGAGAAUAGACAAAUCUCCCAUGCAAAAGAAUUUCAAAUAAUGUACAUAGAUACUCUGCACUCCUUAAGUGUGAGUUAUGCACAGUGAUUUCCUUCCAAAGAGUAUAGCAUGGAAAGGGGAGAAAGUAACUUGACAGUGGAGAAACGUGGCAAAACCUCUCCAGGUGAUCAAGAUUAAUGUCAUCAAUGAUAAGCCAUGUUGAUAGCAUGUACCCUUGAUAGGAUGUGAUGAGAGGGCACUUUACCUCUGUAGUCCUCCUCCCAAAAGCCCAUACCCCAGUCUAAUCAUGAGAAAAACAUCAGACAAAUCCCAGUUGAGGGACAAAUCCCAACUGAAGAAAAUAUCUGACCAGUUCUCCUCAACACUGUCAAGGUCAUCCAAGACAAGUCUGAGAAACUCUCACAGCCAAAAAGAGCCUAAGGAGAUGUGACCACUAAAUGUCAUGUGGUAUCCCGAAUGGGAUCUUGUACCAGGAAAAGGAUAUUUGGUAUAAACUAGGGAAAUAAAGUGUGGACUUCAGUUAAUAUAAAUAGAAUGGUUUCAGCUGCUCCAAAGAGAUCUGGAACCUUGCAUAGGUGAAAGAACACUGGCUUGGGUGUCAUAAACCCUGGCAUUUAGGCCUCUCUGCCAUUUGGUAGCAGUAUAACCAUUAAGCAAAGCAUUACUCUGGACUUGAUUGUCCCCUUUCUAUAAAACUGGGCUAGUAAAAAUUGAUAUUAUACUUCCUUCACAGUAUUGUUAGAAGAUCCAAAUGAAUAAUGAACGUAAAUGCUUUGGAAGGCAUAUAAAGUACUAGAUACAAUAAGAUGGUUUCAGUUAGUUCUUCUCAUUCUGAGACCAAAACUUAAAGGGUCAGGUGUUAGAAACAAAAUCGUUUCGUAUUCAUAUCUAAGAGACUUGGACAUUUUGAACUAAGGCUUUGCUUAUAAGAAAAAAAACAAGUGAGCAAAGUGUUGUUGAUAUCAAGGAAAAGCUGUAUUGUAUAACAGGGAUAAUAAUAGCUGAGGUUUAUUGAGUACUUACUGUGUGCCAAGGCCUUUUUAAACCCUUAUUUAAUCCUCAUUAAUGACUCCAUGAGGUAGGUACUAUUGUUAUCCCAAUUUUGGAGCCAAAGAAACUAAGGCACAGAGAAGUUAAGUAACUUACUCAAGGUCCCACAGCUAGUACAGCGACUCACUCUCAACAGUAGUGUUCAGUACGCAUGACGUGUAAGGGUCUGGCAGGGUUAGGAAGUGGUUGAGAAUAGCAGUGACAGCACUCUGAGGAAUCGAGGCUUGUCAGGCCAAGAUUUAUUAUUCAGAAAAGUUAAGUCAGCUGCUCCUCAGAGAUCAGUUGUUUUAUUCCUGGAAAAUGUUUUCCACUUUCUGCAAAUCUAUAUCUGACCUGCUGAGGAAAUCGUUUGGUGAAAUGAAUCCAGAAAGCAGAGAAAAUGCUUCAUUACUUUAAAUAGCAGCACUAAGCCCAUUAUAGCCUCCGAAUUGUCCCUUCUUGGAGUUUGCUGAUGUUUCCAAGUUAGUCAUUUGGAGCUCAAGAGUACAAUUUUAUAUGCCCCUACUGAUAUCCUCAUCUACUGCAGAAUGUAUAAUUUUCUAUGUGUUCUGGACUAUAUACUACAAAAAUUCAAAACAUAAGAUCCCAUCCAUAUAUUUCAUUAUUAUUAAACCAACAUUGUGUUGUGUUUUAUGAUACUUUCUUUAUCAUCUUAUGGAAUUCUGUGGAUCUAAUAGAAUAAAGACCUCUUGAACUCA